CACCAGACGUUGCCUGUCCGUUCAGUACACCACGCGCGCUCGUCCUGAUCGGUUAGCCGGUCGAAACUCUAAUAUUAUCGCACAGUCGGCCGAACACGUAAUACAAAAUAUACCUAUACGUUGUGCGUAUGCGCGCGUCACAUCUGAUCGGUAGUAGUCAGCAGCAGCAGCAGUUCGUAGUAGUGUAUAGUAGAGCACUGUCAGUCGUUUGCAAUCUCUCAGACAGGCACGAUAUGCUGUCCGACCGUGGGCAACACAACAACGAGCAGCAACAACAGUUGUAUUAACUUUACCGACUAGUGCGUUGAUAUCGUUUAGUUAUUCUAUUAUUAUUUUUUUUUUAUCAUAAUACUUAACCGGUGCGGCUUAGGAAAUUAAAAAUUAUUUUAAUUUAAUCGCAGUGACCGAGAACUUGGUAUUCAAAAAAAAAAAAUUAUUUUGUUCGACCCACGUUAUGUUUUGAAAUAGAAAAAGUGAUACGUAUUUUUUUUUUUUCAAAAAAGUGUCUGACUGACGAGAGUCAAUUUUUUUUUUUUCGGGAUUUAACGAAUUCCCAGUUUUAUUGGAUAUCUGUAAAAUUGUUACCACACGAUGGUGCCCAAACAAGAGAAUCGCGAUGACACAACGGAUACCAAUGCGGACAUUACUCAGCAGCCAAUGUUUGGAUCACAGAUGGUCGACGAAAAUUCACCGACCCCGUACUCUGAUGCCACACAGACCAAGAAAAAUAACCCGAAUCACAUCAAAAGGCCCAUGAACGCAUUUAUGGUGUGGUCACAGAUCGAAAGGCGCAAGAUCUGCGAACUUCAGCCAGACAUGCACAACGCGGAGAUAUCGAAAAAAUUAGGCAUGCUGUGGAAAACUCUAUCGGAAGAACAGCGCAAACCGUUUAUCGAAGAGGCGGAACGUUUGAGGCUAAUGCAUCUCAAAGAAUACCCGGACUACAAAUACAGACCCCGCAAGAGAACGCCCAAGAACGCCGCCGCGGCCGCCAGUCCUUCGGUCGCCGCGUCCAACGCCGUCACCAAACCGCAAAUGACGCCCCAGUCCAAGUUCCGGAAAAACAUGUGCAAAAAGUUUGCCAACAACAUAAGCCGAGUGACGUCCACCGUGACGUCGGGCGCCGUUCACCUGUUGGAGACGGCCGGCAACUCGGCACCGACCGGCCGGACGUCUACGUCGUCACCGCUAGAUCCCAAAACGUUUUUCCGCCGUAACCCGAUCAUACAAGUGAACAGAAUGAGCCCCGUCAACCCGGAUCGGCUGAAGUAUCACUUCACCAUUGAGACGUGCAAACCCAAAGAACUCGUUGCGACCGAAGUCCGAGUGCCCGCGUCCGUUCACGCCAAAGUGCCGACCAGUCCAACGUGCGACUCGCCCAACUCGCCAGAGAGCGCCACCUUCUACGACGAAUCUCCGCCGUCGUGUUUCGACAGCAAGCCGCUCAAAAUCAAAGUAGUCAACCCGUUGAACACAUCGGCCACAAUCACCGUACUGCCCGGUUCCGAUUUAAUGGACGACGACGACGACGACCUGAUGCUCAGACCGGGAUCGGCGUCCCUGUUGCCCGACCACCAAAUCGACCUUCACGCGUCUACCGCCGACCUCAUCUCUAGGAACCUAAUGAAAGACGACUUGCUGGUAAAAGCUGAACCCUCUUCGUCGCCUUCGCCGUUCUUCAAAACCGACAGUCCAUCAUUUUUCGUCAAACAGGAACCGCUAGACUGUGAUUCCGAAUCGGCAGCGCUGGGCCGAGUCGGAGAGAACCCGUCCUUGGCCGACUUGGACUCCCUCACCGACCUCAUCCAGAUGCCGUCCGACUUCAAGAUGGACAUCGACUGUCUAGCGUCCGAUUUGAACGGCGGAGACGGCACCGGCGUCCGACAGAGCUCUCAUUUGGAAUUCUCGUGUACGUCCGACAUGACUGAUAUUCUGUCUCACAUGGGCGUCACUGCCGACUGGGAAGACGGUCCCCUCGGCCGUCUCAUCAAUGGCUGCUGAACCGCAUUAGCGACGUAGCCAUCGUCCUCCACCUGCCCCUACAUUUAAAUCAGGUAUUCUGUGAUUGGUUAUUAUUUUUAAAGUUAAUUUAUUCAUUAUAACAUUAUGUUUCUUCUUCUUUCUUCAUAUAUAUAUAUAUUAUUAUUAUUAUUAUUAUUAUUAUUAUUAUUAUUAUUAUUAUUAUGUAUAAACCUAACAACAAAACAUUUGAAACGCGUUUGGAGUAAUCAAAAAACAUGUUAUGUAUUAUGAUUGUAUGUAUGUUUCUACAGUACUGCAUAAGUUAUUUUUUUUUUUGUUAAAGUUUUCAUCUUUUACGACGGCCCUUUUGUACGAUUUUAUGUAAACACGAGCGUGUGUAUUAUGUUUUAAAAAAUGUAUAUCAAUAAAUUUUAAAUAUAUUAUAUAUUUGACAAAAUGGUAACUCACUAUGUUUUUAGCGCAACAUAUAACAGUUAAACGAUACUAUAAAAACUUGUAAAAUGUUCAUUAUGGUUUGAUUUGAAACUUAAGUAUUCGUGUAUAAAAUAUAACAUGUAUAAUUUAUGUGUAAAUUUAUAUUUUUGCUUUACUGUGACACUACCGUAUUUAAUUCUAGUAGAGCUUAAACAGUGUAUCGCUUCGAAAAUUCUUCUAAUUUUUUUUACUCCAAGUGUGAACGUAUUUGUUUAGAUGUUUUUAUUUAUAUUUUUUAAUAAUAAUCACGUUGUACUAUAAUAAUAAUUAUACUGUUGCUUAAGUGUUGAUAAGUAUAUAGGGUGCUUCCAAUUUGUAUUUAAAAAAAAGCAAAAAAAAAAAAUGAUUUUUUUAGUAUAUGUGUAAUAUAUAUUGUGAAAAUCUUAUGUCCGAAUUAGAAAAAAAAAGAAAGGAAAUCGUUUUCGUCAUCUCGUAUGUUUGUUUUUGUGCUUUGGCUAGAUACUUACACAUUUAAAAAAAAAACAUAUUUUGAAUUGCCUGAAUUUUUAAUAAAACGUCAAUACAAAUAUUACCAAUGUUAAAAACAGUUCCACUGAUAAAUCUAAAUAUACCAUGUACAUAAAUGAAAAAAAAAAAUACAAGGGCGCGUGAUACGGUGGUGUUAGUAUCAUUUUUACCAUUUAAAAUCCACAA